AUGGUAUCUAAUUUCCUUUCUUGGGUGCUUCCUGCCGAGGAUAAUAUCUAGGAACAGCUGGUUUAAUUAAUUUUGUAAAAAAUGGCUUUUGGCAAUCUAAAAUCUGACAAGGAGCUUGCCGAAUUAAAUAAACAUUUGGAAGACAAAAGCUAUAUUGAAGGCUAUUUCCCUAGUCAAGCCGAUAUCGCCAUUUUGAACAAACUAAAUAAAGCUCCAGCAGCGCAUCUUCCGCAUGCGUUGCGUUGGUACAAUCAUAUUAAAUCAUUCUCGGCAGAUGAAUUGAAAAGUUUUGGUGCAUCCCCCUUAAACACAGCCCCAACUACUACAGCACCCGUACCCAAAGAUGAUGGUGAUGAUGACGACGUAGACUUGUUUGCAUCAGAUGAGGAAGAGGAUGAAGAAGCAAAUAAAAUCCGAGAAGAAAGAUUAAAAGCAUAUGCCGAAAAGAAAGCUAAAAAACCUGAACUGAUUGCCAAAUCAAGUAUUGUUCUUGAUGUUAAGCCUUGGGAUGAUGAGACUGACAUGAAGGAAUUGGAAAAAUCUGUUAGAACAAUUGAAAUGGAUGGUCUAAUCUGGGGUGCUUCUAAGCUGGUUCCAGUGGGAUAUGGUAUCAAUAAGUUGCAAAUCAUGUGUGUAGUUGAAGAUGCAAAGGUUUCCAUUGAUGAGUUAACUGAAAAAAUUGAAGAAUUUGAAGACUUUGUCCAAUCGGUUGAUAUUGCCGCUUUUAAUAAGAUUUAGUUUGUUGCUUUCAAAAUAAAUUUUUUUCAGGUUU